AUGGAUGCCGGGGAUAUCCUGUCAGUGCUGGCGCCAUGGGGAGUAGAUUUUACAACCGAAGGUCUGGCGGCAUUAAGACAAUCAGGCGUUUGCAGCCCAACAGAUGUUAGGGAUUAUGUUUUGUCUGCCGACCUGAGGCGUCUUCACUUGGCCCCACAUCCCGCCGACUUGAAUAACUUCAGCGCACUCCACAGCAAGUCCAUGCAGGCUCCUCCGGAGGUAGCGGCAUGGGCUGCUCAGAAUGCUCCUUCAACGAAUGUUGGAUCUCCGAUCUGCAAUUACACGCUCAAGAAGCCAUUGCUCUGCAUGGUUUUAUCCUUCCAAGACGUGCGGCUGCCUACAAAGGACGUCGAGGAGGACUUUUCUGACGGUGCACAGGGCAUCAAGGGGAAUCAGCGGCGGACGCUUCUCCUGAGGCUGACAGAUGGUCGUGGUGUAUCAUUUAAAGCUGUGGAGCUUGGAUUUUGUCAGCAGCUUGAUUCAGUACCCCUAUUGCCGGGCGUCAAAUUGCUGCUUCUGCCAGGGCUGAUAAUGUACCGUGGAAUGGCUUUGCUCACUCCCCAAAACGUAAAGAACCUUGCAGGAGGGGCAAAACAGCUGCGGGAAGCUUUUAACCUCAAAGAGGACAUACAAGGACGCCGGAAGUUCGUUCAAUAUAUCCUGAAAGAGCACAGUGAGCUCCACGAACGGAUAAAAGCGGAUAAGGCGGACACUGGCCCUCCAAAGUUCGUUCCUUUCUCCUUUUCUGCAAAAGUUCAGCAUGUAGAGCUUAGUGAAAAUGCAAGUAAGGCACUGCAGCCUCAAGCACAAGCUCUACCGCGGGAUGAACUCAAGCGCGAGGCAGUGUCGCCGACAGACUUGCCGCAGGAAGCGUCUGCGGAACAGCAGCCCCGUUCGCUGUUGAUAAAGCCAGAUGCUGCAGAUCUGAAGUGUGACCGGCUGAGGCAACUCGGAAAAGUAGAUCCUAACAGCUUGGGUGCUGGCAAGGUCAUCACUGAGAAAAAAAGAGGAAGGGGCGGCAGCGGCAGACGCGGACGGCGCGAGCGCGAUGAAGAUCUUACAGAUUAUCUUAAGCCUUCUGGGGGGCCAGUGACUUGUAGUCUGUUUGACUUGAUUAGGGUUGAUGCAGAGCAAUCAAAUAGCACUGCUGCAACUGCUCUUCUGUGUGCCAGCGAGCAGUACGUUAAUACUAACAAUUCUAAUGAAACUGCCGCUCCUCAGCUUCCUCCAGUCAAGGGGAGUCAGAUGAACGCAGAAGCUCGACCUGGGAUCAGAUGUGCUGCGGAAUCCCCAGGUGGCUCUUCAGUAAUGCCACAUUCCGGAGGGCGCUCUCGAGGAGGGGUCUCUCCGAUCCGAAGGGGUCGCGGAGGUGGGAGAGGCAGAGGCAGAGGCGGGGGGAGGGGAAGGGGCUCUAGAUAG